CCUCCUCCGUCGUCGUCGUCGUCGUAGCAGCCGAGGGGGCGGGGCGUCGUGGGGCCAGCUGGCGGGGCGGCUGUAGCUGUGGCUGUGGCUCUGGCGGCGGCUGAGGCUGAGGCAGGGCCGGGCGGGCAGCUGCGAUGGGGCAGUGCGGGAUCACCUCGUCCAAGACGGUCCUCGUUUUCCUCAACCUCAUCUUCUGGGCGGCAGCGGGCAUCUUGUGCUACGUGGGCGCCUACGUCUUCAUCACGUACGACGACUAUGAUCAUUUCUUCGAAGAUGUCUACACGCUCAUCCCUGCCGUGGUUAUCAUAGCUGUGGGCACGCUCCUCUUCAUCAUCGGUCUCAUUGGUUGCUGCGCCACAAUCCGAGAGAGCCAUUGCGGACUUGCCACGUUUGUGAUCAUCCUCCUGUUGGUUUUUGUCACCGAAGUGGUGGUGGUGGUCUUGGGCUACAUCUACAGAGCAAAGGUGGAAGCUGAAGUCAAUCACAGUAUUACAAAAGUAUACGACGGGUACAAUGGAACAAACCCAGACGCCGCUAGCCGCGCCAUCGACUACGUGCAGAGACAGCUGCACUGCUGCGGGAUCCACGACUACACAGACUGGAAGACGACAGACUGGUUCAAAGAGACGAAAAACAACAGCGUGCCCUUGAGCUGCUGCAAAGCCAGCGUCACCAACUGCACGGGGAGCCUGGCUCAUCCUGCAGACCUUUAUGGCGAGGGGUGCGAGGCCCUGGUGGUGAAGAAACUGCAAGAGAUCAUGAUGUACGUCAUUUGGGCAGCGCUGGGUUUUGCUGCCAUUCAGCUCUUGGGCAUGCUCUGUGCCUGCAUCGUCCUCUGCCGGAGGAGUCGAGACCCCGCUUACGAACUGCUCAUCACCGGAGGGACCUACGCGUAGAAGAAGCCGCCGAACCUAAACUUGAAAGUUCAGUUUUCGUCCACUUGGGGAAAAGGUGGCUCGGUUGGGUCUGUUGCGAGCAGUUGCCGUUGAUUCUGUUAAGCGAGCUGGGACAACGAGCACAUAACACUGAUGAUGGGCAAAGGCGUGGCUUUUCCUUACCCCCCCCCAUCCCCAUAUUACUAUGACCCCCCCCUUCUCCCCAUCUAUUUUAGCCAGCUAUCCGCCUCUCUGUAUGUUUCCAGUAACCAAAUAAACACUAAUUUUGGAACCAGUGACAAAAAGAAAGAGAGAGAGAGAGAGCAGGGUGACAUAAGAGUUGUAGAUUGCGUAGCCUGGACUUGGUAAAUUGCCUACGGACCCCGUCCUGGUUUUGACCUUUGCACACAGAAUCCUUCCAGUCUUCACUGCGGGGAAUAGCUGGCCAAAGUCAUGUGACAGGAAAGUUUGCCCGCGUUUUAAUUUGGCAGCACCCCUUGCGUCCUGCGUUCUUGCCCGUCGCCAGUGUUCGCUUUUCACAGAGCGUUUUAAGCGAAGCCCACGACACACCACGAAACUACUACUAACCAAAAUUUUAGAAUCGCACGGGCUCAUUUCUCAACCUUCUUUUUAAAACAACUUUGAAUGAGCGAAUCUUCCGAAACCUCUUUUGUUUUAAAGUACAAGCUGGCUUUUCAGGAGUAUAAUGUAUGCACUACUGUUCUAUAAUGAAUAUUUUUUGGGUUUGUUUGUUUUUUUUUUUCUAUGAGGAGCUGUUUUAAUGUGUUGAGUGAAACUGUUCUUGUAGAGUAGCGGGGGAACAAAAUAGUACAUGGAGGUGAAUUGUGUAAAUAGAACGGAUUAAAUAAAUAAAUAUUCUGUACAUCUCUCUCCAAACUAAA